GCGCGCGGCGAAAUUGAAGCAAUAUGGCGGAUUGACACAACAAUUUUUAAUGCGCGAUAUGUAGAUUAUUUUGACUGUCGAGCUACACCGCGCGCUGCCCCGACGGAACGAAUUGCGGUUGAAGCGAGGAAGCUCCACGAACGGCCGUUCCGUCGCGCGAGUGGACAAUUCAGUGAUCAAUUCGGCUUCGCCGCCGCGCGAUUGAGGCUACGUUCAACCUCGUAACCCCGCGGCGGUUUCGUGGCGCCGAAAUUAUUUCCACACAGAGCCACGAACCAUGGGCCCGAUCGUACGGUUGCGCUAGCUGGGCGGCUAGCGGCAAUUUCACGUCGAUAGUUACCCGCGCCGGUCGACGGUGGGAUGUCGGCUACGCAGAUUAAAGUGCGAGGUCCAGGGCGACCUCCGAAGGUGAAGCACUCCCCGUGUACGUGGUGCGGCGAGACCAAGCUACCCCUGAAGUAUGUCCUACCCACGCAGAACGGCAAGAAGGAGUUCUGCUCGGAGACAUGCCUGUCCGAGUCUCGCAAGACGUAUGCACGGGGCGCUUGUGUACAGUGCGACAGCGUGAUCAGAGGUACGCCGUUCAGAUUGGAGCAGAAGGAUGCUCCUACAAAGGAUUUCUGCUCCUCGUUCUGCUUGAAUGCGUAUCAGAAGAAGGAAACGCAAGCGGACACGAAGAAGAACAACAGGGAUCCAUCAUCGCCGUCUCCCGCUCCGUCUCCAGCUCCGUCUGGAUUACCAAGCAAUAAUAAUGUACCAUCGACAACACAAUCUUACACCAACACGAAUAAUCACACGACUGUAUCCAAUCCACCGUCAACGUCUACCGGAUCGUUUCAGUACGAAACCUAUCAGACCUUUGAUUGGGAUCUUUAUUUAAAAGAAACAAAUAGCACGGCGGCUCCAAACGAGUGCUUUAAACAGCAUGAAGUCCCGCCAACGAACGAAUUUAAAAUCAAUAUGAAAUUGGAAGCGCUAGACCCACGAAACUUGACGUCAACUUGUAUCGCCACGGUAGUAGGUGUUCUUGGACCGCGGUUAAGAUUAAGAUUAGACGGCUCUGAUAAUAAGAACGAUUUUUGGCGAUUGGUCGACAGUAACGAGAUACAUCCGAUAGGCCACUGUGAAAAAUCAGGCGGGAUGCUUCAGCCACCGCUAGGCUUCCGAAUGAAUGCUUCAAGUUGGCCAAUGUUCCUCCUAAAAACUUUAAAUGGCGCCGAAAUGGCACCGGCAAAAGUAUUCAAACGUGAACCAAAGACGCCGCGCUCUAAUUUGUUUGAGGUCGGACAUAAGUUAGAAGCAAUUGAUAAGAAGAAUCCACAACUUAUAUGCACCGCGACCGUCGGCGCAGUUAACGACGACAUGAUACACAUUACGUUUGAUGGUUGGCGCGGUGCUUUUGAUUACUGGUGCCGUUAUGACUCCCGAGAUAUUUUCCCUGCCGGAUGGUGCUUCAAAAGUGGACAUCCAUUACAGCCGCCAAGACAAAAAUCGGGUUCCAACAAAUUUAGAUCCGGCAGGUCUGGCAGUAAUGUUAUGUUAGUGAUGGCAGUAUCUGGAAACAAUACCAGCACAACUGAGAACACUCCAGAACGUGCAGUUGCAUUAGUAAGCCCCGCAGGUUCCAACUCAUCAUUACAGCCAGCUACAGAACCUGACACUAGCACAGCCAAUACCAAGCCACUUGAAAACGUUACGCUUUAUGUCAAUCAUAAAUGUCACUGUGGGCCAUAUUUUGAUAAUAGAAAGGUGAAAGCGAUGCCAGCGCAAUUUGGCACUGGUCCUAUGACAACUGUUGCAAGAGACAUCUUCCAAGCAUUUUUAAUGGCUGCUCUGAAUCCCAGGCAAAUAUUGACUUUACUGAGAAAUGGCAAAGGCGAAACCAUAAAUUUGAGUUUGGGAACUUUGAAGAAGCCUACCGUCGUCAGGUUACCCGUUUUCCUGGAAGAGGAAGACUUCUAUGCAUACAUUAAGCAGCAACUCGAGGACCUCCGUACAUGUGAAUACAUGCUAAUCCGAAGGAAAGAACCUUGCAGCAAAUGUCUUAAUACGCCAUUGUUACAACAACCACAAUCCACCAAUAAUGAAGAAGCGAAUAAUUCUGCAGGAGAGAAACGAAGAUGGUCAUCGGAUAGUCAACGAAAUUUAAAUUUAACUCAGCAACAACAAAUACCGCAAACUACUGUGCAAAGUACAAAUAAUUCUCCUACAGAGACAUCCCCUCCACUUGCAAAGCAAGCUCGCAAAUCUGUUCCCGAAUUGGAAGCAGCAACGUCCACUACUCAAUCUGAAACCUCUGGAAAUCGUAUUCCUUCGACAGAGCCGGCGGAUUGGACUAUUGAAGAUGUAAUAAAUUAUAUUGCUAUUACAGACCCUGCAUUGGGACAACAUGCAGAUUUGUUUAGGAAACAUGAAAUUGAUGGCAAGGCUCUACUUCUUCUCAAUAGCGACAUGAUGAUGAAGUAUAUGGGGCUAAAACUCGGGCCAGCACUUAAGAUUUGUAAUUUAGUUAACCGUAUUAAAGGUAGACGACACAUGCUUAUGUGAUUUUCUCAGAUAUGAAUACCUGUAUAGUGAUCUGAAACACAUGCAUUUUAUGCAUUUCAUCAUUCAGUUAAUCGGAUUUAUAUUUUCAAUAAGAAAAAUAAAUU